UUUUCUAUAUUCCAACUGGAUCUUUUAGGAUCUGGCCAUGUCGAGGCUGCUAAGGUGCUUCCCUUCUGCCUUUCUCCGUGGAAAGCUGCCUGUGUUAGCGGAGUGCUCCCGCUGGAUUCCUGUCCGUCUAAUAGGCAGCGCCUCAUCCAAACAGGGCAAUGAAAAUAACCGGACACAAUCCCCUGUGAAAAGGUGGAAAGAUAAUGCGGAGACAGUGAUUAUCGGAGGUGGCUGUGUUGGAGUUAGCCUGGCUUAUCAUCUUGCCAAAGCUGGGAUGAAAGAUGUGAUAUUGCUGGAAAAGUCGGAGCUAACAGCUGGCUCUACAUGGCACGCAGCUGGUUUAACAACAUAUUUUCAUCCUGGGAUCAAUUUGAAGAAAAUUCAUUACUACAGCAUCAAACUUUAUGAAGCUUUGGAGGAAGAGACUGGACAGGCAGUUGGCUUUCACCAGCCUGGCAGUAUUCGGAUUGCUACCACCCCGACCCGAGUGGAUGAAUUUCAUUACCAGAUGACCCGGACACGAUGGAAUGGCACACCACAGUUUUUGAUUGGGCCCGAAAAGGUGCAGGAACUCUUCCCUCUGAUAAAUAUUGACAAGGUUCUUGCUGGGUUGUAUAAUCCUGGAGACGGCCACAUUGACCCCUAUUCUCUCACCAUGGCUUUGGCAGCUGGAGCAAGGCAGUAUGGAGCUGAGCUGUAUUAUCCUGUUGCAGUAACAGGACUUUCAUCACGUUCUGAUGGAACAUGGGAUGUGGAAACACCAGACGGUAUUAUUCGUGCAAACCGUAUAGUGAACUGUGCAGGAUUCUGGGCCUGUGAAAUUGGAAAAAUGAUUGGUUUGGAGCAUCCCCUUAUCCCUGUUCAUCAUCAAUAUGUCAUCACCGCAACAAUUCCAGAGGUGAAGUCACUGAAACAAGAACUUCCUGUUCUUCGUGAUUUGGAAGGUUCAUAUUACUUACGGCAGGAACGUGAUGGUCUGCUGUUUGGUCCCUAUGAAGUUCAGGAGAAAAUGAAGAUACAGGAGUCUUGGUUAACAGAUGGCGUCCCACCAGGAUUUGGCAAGGAGCUUUUUGAAUCAGAUUUGGAUAGAAUCAUGGACCAUGUUGAAAAUGCUAUGGAGAUGGUCCCAGUCUUGAAAAAAGCAGACAUAAUUAAUAUCAUAUCAGGACCUAUCACAUACAGCCCAGACAUUCUUCCUUUGGCUGGACCAUUCCAAGGUGUGCGGAACUACUGGGUGGCUAUUGGCUUUGGAUAUGGAAUCAUUCAUGCAGGUGGGAUUGGAAAAUAUCUUAGUGACUGGAUUAUGGAUGGGGAACCCGAUUUUGACCUCAUUGAACUUGAUCCCAAUCGCUUUGGAAAAUGGACAACAACCAAAUUCUCAUUGGCUAAAGCAAGAGAAUCAUAUGGGUUCAACAAUGCUGUUGGAUAUCCCAAAGAAGAGAGGUUUGCGGGAAGACCAACAGAAAGAGUAAGUGGAAUAUAUGAAACCUUGAAAACCAAAGGAUCCAUGGGGUUCCAUGCCGGCUGGGAACAGCCACACUGGUUCUACAAACCUGGAGAUGACACUGGAUACAGGCCAAGUUUUCGUCGCACAAACUGGUUUGAACCAGUUGGGAGAGAGUGUAAACAGGUCAUGGAAAAAGUAGGAGUGUUUGAUCUAACACCCUUUGGAAAGUUCACUGUGAAAGGAAAGGACUCUGUUAAACUUCUGGACCACCUCAUUGCAAAUGUUGUUCCAAAGGUGGGCUCUAUAAACAUCAGUCAUAUGCUUACACAAAGGGGCCGUGUGUAUGCUGAGGUAACAAUCAGCCACUUGUCAGAAGAGGAGUUCCUGCUGGUGACAGGAUCAGGUUCAGAGCUCCAUGACAUAAGAUACAUAGAGGAAGAGGCGGUAAAUGGUGGCUAUGCAGUUGAGAUUUGCAAUGUCACUGAUGAGAUUGGAGUGCUGGGUGUAGCAGGGCCGUUUUCACGGAAGGUCCUUCAGAAGCUCACAACAGUAGACAUGAGUGGGACAGCGUUCAAGUUCCUGCAGUGUAAGCCUGUCACUCUGGCUGGUAUCCCCCUUACAGCUAUGAGAAUCUCAUACACAGGUGAGCUUGGGUGGGAAUUGUACCACAAACGACAAGACACUGCUGCCCUAUACGCUGCCAUCAUGGAGGCAGGGCAGGAAUUUGGAAUUGACAACUUUGGAGCGUAUGCUAUGAACUCCUUACGGCUUGAGAAAGCAUUCCGAGGCUGGGGAGCAGAGAUGAACUGUGACUCAAACGCCUUUGAAGCUGGAUUGGAUUAUUUCAUCAAAUUGAACAAGCCAGUCGAUUUCAUAGGAAAACAGGCUUUGAUGAACAUCAAAAAGGAGGGUGUUAAGCGCAAGUUGGUGUACCUUACCAUGCAGACUGACGAUGUGGAUCCUGAAGGAAAUGAAAGCAUUUGGUAUGGAGAUAAGGUUGUAGGUAACACCACAUCUGGAGCCUACAGUUAUAACACUCAACAGUGUGUAGCCUUUGCCUAUGUGCCUCUGGAGCUCAGCAAAAUAGGACAACAGCUAGAUGUGGAACUGCUGAAUAAAAAAUAUAAGGCGGUAAUCAUCCAGGAACCACUGAUACUGACAGAGCCAACCAGGACUCGAAUGAAGAAGAAAAGCUCAAGUGCUUGACGGACAGUAUUGUGUAAGGGGAAAACAGUUCUCCGUCAUGUUUCAGUAGGAGAUUAACCAUUUUUAUUAAGCCCUAUUUCAUCUGGGACCAAGGUUCUAUUUACUCAGUCCUCCCUGGGUGGAUAUGCAGACCUCAGUAAAAUGGCCAUGCUGCAGAAAACAUUAAACAGUCACUGCUGUCCCACAGUAUGAGUCCAGAACUAUUCACUACUAAGCAGAUUGGGAAAUAUGUCUGUGUUUAUACAGCACCUUAUAGCUCUGAUCCCUAUCAUGUUAAAAGAAGACAUUACAAAUUUCAAUCUCAGCAUCUAAUGUGAAAAAAUAAAUAAUGCUGAUUACAAAGACUUGCUGCAAUUUUAGGAUCGGGACUUUUUUUAAUGUGAAUUGACUGGUGCUUUAAAUAACUUUUACUUUUAAUGUGUCAGUCACUUGCUGUGAAAAUGCUUUACCCUCAAGUGGAAGUAAUGCAAUGAAAGUUCAGUUGUUUUAUAAAGUCACACACAUUAUUAUCAUCCCUUAACUGAAUUAUCCAACUAAUGCUAGUUGGUU